AUGGAGAACCCCACAUGGAACAGCAUCUACAAGAACAGCACAAGACGCCCGUACAACAGCGACAAGAGGUUGUUCAAUAUUUCAAUCAAUUUUCCACAGCAGAGCCGAGCACAAUUCAACUUCCCAGGCAGCCAGCGAAAGCAAUACAAGAGCUAG